AUGUUGCAAUUCGAGGUUGGCGACAAGGUAUUCCUUAAGGUUUCACCUACGAGAGGUGUCCAGCGUUUUGGGGUUCGAGAAAAGUUGAGUCCAAAGUUCAUUAGACCUUUUGAGAUCCUAAGAAGAGUCGGAGAAGUUGCUUAUGAGUUGGCUUUACCUCCGAGUUUGGCAAAAGUUCAUAAUGUGUUUCAUGUUUCACAGUUGAGGAAAUACGUUCAUGUUCCAUCACAUAUGCUAGCCUAUGAACCACUUCUAAUCAAUGAGUCCUUAGCCUAUGAAGAGAGACCUAUCAGGAUUUUGGACACUCGAGUAAAGGAAUUGAGGAACUCUAGGAUCCUGUUAGUCAAGGUUCUGUGGUCAAACCACGGAGUCAAGGAAGCUACUUGGGAGAAAGAGGCAGACAUAAGAGAGCAAUACCCUAGCAUUUUCGGUAAGUUCUAG